AGCGUAACCAGACAGUGGAGUCUCUCUCGCUCUACCUUCGCUAAAGCCAUAGUUAUCUUCCGUUCCUUUUUGCCCUAAUUUUCUCCGAAUUCUGCGUUUAUUGCCCAAAUUUUAUUCGGUGGCCUUUUUUGCGUGAUUUCUCGAAAUUUCUCUUCUUUUUUAUUUUGGGUAAUUUGCUUUGUAGAAAGGAAAUUAUCUGUGAUCACCAUUUACAGAAACUCUCUGGUGAAUUUGCUCUAUUUUUCUGGAAAACUUUCGUGCAGCAUCAGUUGCAGCAAGUUAUCUUGCUGAUCAGCUUAUUUUUCAGUGAUUUUUUGUGAAAAAAUCUGGCUGAGAUGGUUUUUUAGUGGAUCUGAGUUAUUUUCUGGGUGAUGGUCAGUUACUUAAAGGAGUUUUUUGCUAGAUCUGACCUGAUUUUCUUAGAAUUUUAGAUGGAGAAUCAGCGAUUGUAAAAUACACUUUUAAAAUUGACUGUUUUGGCACCACCUCCACUGGUUUGAGGGGUUUUUAGGUCAGAUCUUUUGUUUUUCAGUAAAUAUGGCUCAGAUUCUGCUCCAUGGAACCCUCCAUGUAACUAUAUAUGAGGCAGAGUCUCUAUCAAACCCUCACAGAGCUACAGGAGGUGCCCCAAAGUUUAUCAGACAGCUCGUUGAAGGCAUCGAGGAGACUAUCGGAUUCGGCAAGGGAGCUGGCAAGCUUUAUGCAACAAUCGAUCUUGAGAAAGCCAGAGUGGGUCGAACCCGUAUCCUCACGAACGAGUCAGUGAACCCACGAUGGUAUGAGUCCUUCCACAUCUACUGUGCUCACAUGGCCUCCGACAUAAUCUUCACUGUAAAGGAUGAUAACCCAAUUGGAGCAUCACUCAUAGGAAGAGCACAUGUCCCUGUAGAAGAAGUCAUCAAUGGUGAUGAAGUCGAUACAUGGGCUGAAAUUUGUGAUGAAAACCGUAAGCCUAUAGGUGGCGGCGCCAAAAUCCAUGUGAAAUUGCAAUAUUUCGAUGUUACAAAAGAUCAAAACUGGUCAAGAGGAAUAAGAAGCCCUAAAUUCCCUGGUGUACCCUACACAUUCUUUUCACAGAGACAGGGGUGCAAAGUCUCUCUAUAUCAGGAUGCCCAUGUACCCGAUAACUUCAUCCCCAAAAUCCCUUUGGCUGGGGGGAAGUAUUAUGAGCCUCACAGAUGCUGGGAAGAUGUAUUCGAUGCAAUUAACAAUGCUAAACACUUGAUCUACAUUACGGGUUGGUCGGUGUAUACUGAGAUCACGUUGAUUAGGGACCCAAAGAGGCCUAAGCCCGGAGGGGACACCACUCUCGGUGAGCUCCUCAAGAGAAAGGCUUCUGAAGGUGUGAGAGUAUUAAUGCUUGUUUGGGAUGAUAGAACAUCGGUUGGUUUACUAAAGAAGGAUGGCUUAAUGGCUACCCAUGAUGAAGAAACUGAGAAUUACUUCCACGACACCGAUGUGCACUGUGUGCUUUGCCCUAGAAAUCCCGAUGAUGGUGGAAGUUUUGUGCAAGACCUGCAAAUCUCUACGAUGUUCACCCACCAUCAAAAGAUAGUGGUUGUUGAUGCUACGUUGCCUAACCCAGCUAACGAACAGAGGAGGAUUGUGAGCUUUGUAGGAGGAAUCGAUCUAUGCGAUGGAAGAUAUGAUACUCAAUUCCAUUCCCUUUUUCGAACUCUUGAUUCAGUUCACCAUGCUGAUUUCCACCAACCCAACUUCCCCGGAGCCGCAAUCACAAAGGGUGGACCAAGAGAGCCUUGGCAUGAUAUUCACUCAAGGGUUGAGGGUCCUAUUGCUUGGGAUGUUCUCUACAAUUUUGAGCAGAGGUGGAGGAAGCAAGGGGGUAAGGACCUUCUUGUUCAGCUUAGAGAUCUCAGCGAUAUAAUCAUCCCACCAUCGCCUGUUAUGUUCCCUGAAGAUAGAGAAACAUGGAAUGUUCAGUUGUUUCGAUCAAUUGAUGGAGGGGCGGCGUUUGGGUUCCCAGGAACUCCUGAAGAUGCAGCUAAGUCUGGGCUUGUCAGUGGGAAAGACAAUAUUAUAGAUCGAAGCAUCCAAGAUGCAUAUAUUAAUGCUAUUCGUAGGGCCAAGGACUUUAUCUAUAUUGAAAACCAGUAUUUCCUUGGUAGCUCCUUUGGUUGGAAAGAUGAUGGCUCGAUUAAGAUCGAAGAUGUUGGGGCUUUGCAUCUUAUCCCAAAGGAGCUUUCCUUGAAGAUCGUUAGUAAAAUUGAGGCUGGAGAGAGGUUUACUGUUUACGUGGUGGUGCCAAUGUGGCCCGAAGGUGUGCCUGAGACUGGCUCUGUUCAGGCUAUAUUGGAUUGGCAGAGGAGGACAUUGGAGAUGAUGUAUAGUGAUAUUGCUCUGGCGAUUAAAGCUAAGCAACUCGAUGCAAGUCCAAAGGAUUAUCUAACUUUCUUUUGUAUUGCAAACCGAGAGGUGAAGAGGAGUGGGGAGUAUGCACCACAGGAGCAGCCGGAACCUGACACUGACUAUGAGAGGGCUCAAAAGGCCAGGCGGUUCAUGAUUUAUGUUCACUCUAAGAUGAUGAUUGUUGAUGACGAGUACAUCAUCGUGGGAUCAGCAAACAUAAACCAGAGGUCAAUGGAUGGUGCAAGGGACUCAGAGAUAGCCAUGGGAGCCUUCCAACCUUAUCAUCUUGCAACUCGUGGCCAGCCUGCUCGUGGCCAAAUCCAUGGCUUUAGGAUGGCAUUAUGGUACGAACACAUGGGCAUGCUCGAUAAUGUGUUCUUGGAUCCCAAGAGCGUAGAUUGCAUUCGAAAAUUGAACAAGGUUGCUGACAAAUAUUGGGACCUCUAUUCUAGUGAUUCUCUGGAUCGGGAUUUACCUGGCCAUCUCUUAACUUAUCCAGUAGGGAUCACUAAUGAUGGAUAUGUAACUGAGUUACCGGGCUUUGAGUUCUUUCCUGAUACUAAGGCUCGGAUUCUCGGCACCAAGUCUGAUUACAUGCCCCCCAUCCUCACCACAUAGGUGCCAUUCUCUCUCUCUCUCUCUCUGAGUAUUACUGCUGCUGCUGCUUCUAGUGUGGGUUGCAUUUUGAGUUGUAACUUGUGUUGAAUAAAGUAGUUUAGAGCUGAAAAGGAUGAAAUGUUUAUGAGCUUGACUUGGUAGAUAUUUGUUACUGUUUACUCUUGUGAGUAUGUGAUGCUGACUGUUUGAUGAAUGUUGGAGAACCAUGUGUUUCUAAGUUAUGCUUCCAAGUUAUCA